GCUAUAGUUGCAAAAGUAGCUAGGUUUUGCAAACGCUAUGUGACAAAUCUAAGUGUUUUUAAUUUGAAUUUUUCAUCUCUAUAUUUUGAAAGUAUUACUGCAUUUUCUAACGUUGAAAAAAAUGGCUGACGAAGAAAAGCAAGUCGACAAAAUAGAGGAGAAAAAUGCAGAACAGGUCGAGCAGAAUGAAGCACUGGUUGAGCAAAGUGGAGAGCAAGUUGAAGUCAAAGAAGAAAGUCAAGGUGAAGAAAUUAAACAAGAGGAAUUAAUAAAUCCCGAAGAAGAAGGAGUAGUAGAAAAUAAAGAUGAAAAACCAGUCGAAGAACCGAAAGAAGAAAUAAAAGAAAUAGAAGAAAAACAAGAAGAACAAAAACCAUCAGUGGAAACAAAAGUUGAAAAAACGAAAAAAGAAGAUGUAAAAACUACAGAUCAGACAGACGGUCCAGCAAAAGUGGAAUCGAAGAAGCUAGAGGAAGUUGAAAAUAAAACAGAAGAAACAAAAACAGCAAAAAAAACAGAAACAAAAGAAGAACCAAGCAACGCAGCCGGACUAGAACAACCACCAAUCACAACACAGAACGAUAAAGAAAUCGCUAUCUUUGCUCACAACAAAAUUCGAAAGACGCACAAUUUAACCGAAUUAAAAUGGGACGAAGAUUUAGCUAACAGUGCUCAGGAGUGGGCAGUAGAAUUAGCAAAACAAAAUUCAGAAUUAAAACUUUCAGAUCCAAAGACAAAUGACUAUGGUGAGAAUUUAUACCUGUCGGAAGGAACGAGUGUUUCUGCACGAAGCUAUCAAGCUGUCUUGUGCUGGUAUAAGCAUGUUAAAGACUAUGAAGUAGGUAAUGACGUUUUAGACAAAGCCUUAACCUUCACACAACUGUUAUGGCCUGCUACGAAUAAAUUUGGGGUUGGUGUGGCGUACCGUGAGGACACGAAGAAAACAUACAUUGUGGCAAGAUACUCACCGCCUGGUAAUACCAAGUUAUCAGAAAUACUAGAGCAUGUGAAGAAAACAGGAACUGCACCAAAAAUUCCACGGAUCGAAGAGUUAAUUUCACCAAUUGACUCCUCUUCACAAGAAGGUGAUAAACCGUCUAAUAUGUCGACGUUAUUUGACGUUCUCUGUCAUUGGUGUAUUAGUAAUGGAGACAAACCGAUUGAAAAAGAUAAAGGCAUGCGGCAGCAGAUCAGUCGUGGUUCAGCAGCAAAGAAAGAAACAAAAGAACCAGAAAAUGCUGCUAAGAAAUAAAUCGAUGCUAAAUUUUCAUAGCCAACCUCCUUUACGGCAAGCAAAUAUGUAACAUUGGACACAUUAUGAGUUACAGAUAUUGAAUGAAAUUAUCACAUCUUCAGUGGGUUUUCUAUAAACAAACAAACAAACCGCCCAUGUAGUUGUCCAAAACAAAAUUCUAGAUUCAUAGCAGUAUUUAUAAAAACAAAAUUGUGUACGCUAUUGCUGUGAGGGAGGUUGCUAUAUCAUAAAACAUAAAUUUAAAUUAGGUCUUUUUUUGUAGAUUCUACAGGGAUGCUGGCAGGGAUGCUGUUGGCUGCUACUAUAAUAUAUCAGAUAGGAUUAAAUAAAUAAAUAAAUAAUAUUGUUUAUUGCAGAA